GGAAAGGAAAAGAAAACAAAAUGACUGAUGAGUGUUUCAAGAGAGGGACUGGAGAAGAGAGGAGAGUUUUAGGUGGUUUGACGUCCAUGGCCCGGCAACAACCUAUCUCCGCCUUUUGCGGAGAAAGAGAUGGAUGGCUUUGUGCCUUUGUGGCUCUCUGUACUUGUAAAAAUGAUUAAGGAAAAAAGAAAAAAUGUGAAUUCUAUCUUUUUUCAUCUAUAAAACUUGUGCACAACACAGGUUAUAUACUCUUCCCCCCUUCCCAUCUUUCUUUCUCUCAGUCUCUCUUAACCUUUUUACCAAACUAAGUUUCCUUCACAUACCCAGUCUCUCUCUCUUUUCACUUGAAAUACAAUCAAUUUGAAGUUUGAACUCAUAAUUUACACAUUUUGAAGGAAUCCCCAAUUCUGCAACUGGGUUUUGAUAGAAUCAUCCUAAACUUCAUUGGUUUUGGAGGGGUGUUAGUGUGUAGUUAUGGAGAAUGAGUUCUUUCUAAAUGCAGGAAUCCCACCAGCAGUGCCAUUGGAGUUUGGGGCAACUUCAGCAACACAAAUGCACAAUUGGCAGUCACUCUCAUCAGCCAUGGAAGUUCAAGCUACAGAGCUUAAUUGCUCACUAAAACCAGUUCCUGAUUACUUUCUCAACCCCAGUUGGGAAAAGUCAACGGAUCAGGGUGGCUUUCAUUUUGAGUCUGAUCUUAGUUCAAUGGUGUCAUCACCAGCUGCUUCCAAUUCCAAUAAUAUCUCCAAUGAGAGCUUUGUGAUCAGGGAAUUGAUUGGAAAAUUGGGUCACAUUGGAAGCAAAUCUGGUGACAUCUCACCACAUUCUCAGCCCCUUUUGGCAUAUAUGGGUGGUGGUGGUAACAGUACCAAUACUUCAUGUUACAGUACACCAUUGAAUUCCCCUCCCAGGCUCAAUUUGCCAAUUGAGAUCAUACCCAGUUCGGCAAAACCCAUGGUUUUGAGUUCCCAUGUCGCUGAUUUCACGGCUGACCCUGGAUUCGCAGAAAGAGCUGCCAAGUUCUCUUGCUUUGGCAGCAGAAGCUUCAAUGGCAGAACAACCCAAUUAGGGCUAAACAACACCGAAUUAGCCUCUAGAUCUAUUCUCAAUCCAAUUGCGGUCAACAGUCAAUUAUCGCGGGUUUCGAUUAGUCCUUCACUCAACGCAGUCGGAUCUCAAUUGGGAAACAAGAAUUCAUCACCACAUGAUCGAAUUGAGUCGCGAAAUUCUUCCUCCCUUGAAGCCUCGACAGUCUCCGAGCAGGCUCCGAUUGGGGAAAGUGGAUUUAAGGCCGCCAAGGAUUCCAAUUCCAGGAAAAGAAAAGCAGUUCCAAGAGGAAAAGCGAAGGAAACUCCACAAUCCCCAUCAAGCAAUGCUUCAAAGGUGACCGACGCCAUUACUGAGUCCAGUUCAAAGCGAAUCAAGAUCAAUGAAGGCAAUGGUAUUGCUAAAGCAGAGGAGGAGACAAAAGGAAGCAAUUCAAGUGGUGGGGAUGAUAAGCAAACAGAGACUAAUAACACCACCACAAAGCCUCCAGAGCCUCCUAAGGACUAUAUUCAUGUUAGAGCAAGAAGAGGUCAAGCCACUGAUAGUCAUAGUCUUGCAGAAAGAGUUAGAAGAGAGAAAAUUGGUGAAAGAAUGAAGCUUCUUCAAGAUCUUGUUCCAGGUUGCAAUAAGGUCAUUGGGAAAGCUCUUAUGCUUGAUGAGAUUAUAAACUAUGUCCAGUCAUUGCAAAGACAAGUUGAGUUUCUUUCAAUGAAGUUAGCAUCUAUCAAUACCAGGCUGGAUGUUAAUAUGGAUAGCAUAUUGUCAAAAGAUCUUCCAACAUUCAGUGAGGAUGAGCUGCAAACAAUUGUGCAAAUGGAUUUUGACCAGAAUCCUAACCAGGAACCUACAUUGCUGUCACAAAGCUUCCAUGGUUCAAACCAAGCAUUCAACAUCCAAACUGGGUUUUAGAUCACAGUUUUUACAGUCUGAAUUCACUGUAAUCAAUCAAUGAAGAGGUGCUUUUUUUU